CCGCGAAAGGCAAAGUAAACUCGUAAUGGCAACUAAAAAGAUAACAGCUGCUCGAAAAGUACUGAAAACUGCUUCACACGACUCCUCGAGCUUGGCAUCUGGAAAUGAUGACAGCUGUGGAAACAACAGUGGAGCAAAAAGGAAAACUAAAUCUUCUGGGACAAUUGUGAAGUCUCGUUACAUGCAGACUGAAAAUAAGUCUACUGUAAAGAAAAAUACACCAAAUGAGUCCAUUCUUUUGCCACCCAGGCCUGCUUCACCCAAAGUUGGUAGUGGCUACAAGCCCAGAAUUGGGACACCACCAAGACGAACGUUACAUCUUCAAACUGUUCAGAAUGCCACAUCAGUAAUACCCAGCCUUUUAGAGUCUUCAAGUCUUGGUGGAAAUAUCUUGCAGUCAACAGUCCUGGAUGGCCACUGCAUGCGUCCAGACUUUGAUCUCUCUGUCAUUAAAGAAAAUACAGCACCAACAUCACACCCAAGUGCAGUAGACCCGAAUGCUAAAAAAAGAAACCUGGACUUAGAAACGUUCCUCCUGGCCUUCCUCACUGCUAAGAUUGAAAACAGUACACAAAAACUUAAGCAAGAAGCAGAAAGAAAUCUCAUUACUCUGAUGGAAGAAGAUGAAAAGCUGCGAUCAAAAAUCAUGAGCAAGAAACGGCAGUGCCUUCAUCUUGAAAAGCAACAGCAACUAAAUGAUUUACUCGAUCUGCAGAUUGUCACACUUGAACCUGUAGCUGCAACUGCAAAGCAGUUCACAGAGGAGUACAAGACCUUUGCCUCAGCUAUAGACACGACACGGCAUGAGCUACCUAUUAAGAACUUGCACAUUGAAGAUGACAGAGGGGAGUUUCUGGAUAAAGCAGUUGUCUGCCUGAAUCAGAGCCAGUGUAUCCUGGACCAGUACAUGAGAGAUGUUUCCAUAGACAGUGAAAGCACUGCAGCAUGCCUUAAAGAAAUAGAAAGUGCAGCACAUGGGAUUGACCAGCAUUUAAUCAGUACAUCUUCUGAUCUGUUGGAACUAUCUUCACUUGUGAGUCAGAAGACAGUGCUGGUCCAGCAGUGUUUGGAGGAAGAUAAAAUUGGACUUAAUACUGUACAAAUUCUCUUUUCAGAUUAAUGUUAAUGUUUUUGUAAAUGUGUAAUUAUUACAGCAUUGAAAUCAUUGCAGUUUCUGUUUAUUAUUUGUACUAUUUUAUUGACCUAAAUUUUCUUUCAUCACUGAUAAUUUGCUCUUGAUUUCAGGCAAUCAUACGAUUACGAAAUUAAAUUACUUCAGAUUAAUAAUUCUUAGUAAAUGUGGCUUGUUAAAAAUGUAUAUGCCUUAAGUUAAAUUAGGUAAUUUUCUAAUAUCUUUAAUAAAACUUAUUGAGUCAUCUAUCAAGACUUAUUCAAAACUGUAUAGUAUUUGGGUUUGAAUUCUAUAGCAGUGUUUAACAUUUGUUCAGUGGUCUGAAUACACCUAUUUUAUUAGGUACACUUGUGUUUAACAUUAGAAUUAUUUGCACCCCUGAAAAAGAAUUGCACCCUUUUUAUUAUUAAAUAUUACACCCAAAAAAUUUUAAAAUAUUCCAAAUAUGAUAGCAGGAAGUGGAGCUGCAGUUUUCUGGAUAAAAAGAAUAAAAAUGUUUAAAUUACUUUAUUGCAGUGAGAUGUUGUGGUUUUAUAUCUAACAGAAAAGCUUUUGCCUACAGUAAAGAUAUAAUACUUGUAUACAUUACUAUAGUAUAUGCUAUUAUGGGAUCUUUUGCUAAAAAUAAUGUAGCUGAACUGCAACAUCCUACUUAAUGCUUCAAUGCCAUUUUGGGCUUAUUAUGCUCAUUUGUCAAGGUUAUCGGACAAAUAUUUGACAUGUAAAUCUAGUCUUGUAUAGUUAUAAAAUCUUUUUC